AUGGCAGGUGGGUAUAUGGUGGCUUUUGCAGGGCGGCAAUAUAUAGCAAGAUCAGUGCCCAUCUUUGUUGCAGAUAUGACAAACACAGUAACUAGCUUUACUCUGGUGCUUGAAUUCCAAAAGGGCACUCUUCAAAACUUGUAUUGGAAGAAGUUUGGGUGUGCCUCAUGCACUGGGAAGUCUUUAGUUUGCCUAAACCAUACAGACUGUGCAAUUCCAACUUCAAACUGCAUAGGCAAUGGUGGUGCUGUUGACUGCAACCUAGGCAUACAGUUGGCUUUCUCAGGCACCAACAAGAACGAGGAGGUCCUCAAUUCUUGGUAUGAGGUUGCUAAUCUACGCCAAUACUCUCUCCUCGCCCUGUACUCCAAUCUACGCAAAACUCUCACCGGCCCAUUUAGCAACCUUUUUUAA